CAGAGACUGCGGACACGGUGCAGGGGAUGAACAGAGACUGCGGACACGGUGCAGGGAAUGAACAGAGACUGCGGACACGGGUCAGGGAUGAACAGAGACUGUGGACACGGUUCAGGGGAUGAACAGAGACUGCGGACACGGUGCAGGGGAUGAACAGAGACUGCGGACACGGUGCAGGGGAUUAACAGAGACUGCGGACACGGUACGGGGGAUGACGAGAGACUGCGGACACAGUACGGGGGAUGACCAGAGACUGUGGACACGGUACGGGAGAUGACCAGAGACUUCGGACAUGUGACAGGUCCCAGAAGAUGGC